GAUGUUGAGGCACUGCUCCAUGCCGGGGAUGUCCAGCUGCAGCACGCGCAGGUCUUUGCACUUGAUGGUGAUCGUCCCCGAGGAUCCAGAUGUUCUACACACAAACACACGGCUGACAGUGAGGAAGAAGUAGUAAUACAAUUCUCAGGAAGUUGAAGGAGACCGGGCUUCCUUGUGUUAAUAGCCCGUAAAUCAUCCAGGCUGCCGGUCCUCCGCGGGAUGGGCGGACACCGCUCCUAAUCUCCGUAUAAAGGAGGCGCGGACCUCCUGCGCUCCAGUGGCUGCGCAGGCACCGCGACCCCGCAGUCUCAGUCGCGCGCCGGGGCGAUGGAUUUGAAAAGCGUCGGCGACGAGUCCCCGGAGGGCGACGCCGAGGACCUGGACAGCGUGAAGGCUCUCACCGAAAAGCUGAAGCUGCAGACGCGCAGACCGUCCUACCUGGAGUGGCAGGAGCGCGUGCGGAGCCGCUCGUGGAAGGAGAGCGAGCCGGACGCCGUGGGCUGCGGCGGACCGGUCCCGUCCGUGCCCGUUCUGCUGAGGAACGAGCACUCAGAGGUGGUCGUGCGCAACAUCUGCGGCUUCGACACGAUUGAUGAUGCUUUGGAGUUUUUAAGAAGCGAGCUGCGGGAGAUGCAGGUGCAGGACAACCGCCUGGCCCGUCAGCUGAUCCGCCUGCGCGCGGAGAUCCACCGGCUCAAAGUGGAGCAGGUGUGCGACCGGCACAAGGAGAUGCUGGACGACGCCACCCUGGAGCUGGAGGAGUGCGGCGAGGAGUCGGACCUGCUGUGCGACAUCCCCAUGAAGGCCGCGUUCGCGCUGUCCACCCCCCUCAAGCACCUGGGCCUCACCAAGAUGAACCUCAACUCCAGGCGCUUCUCGCUCUGCUAAGCGUCGGGAUGAGAGAGCAGAUGGGCAAUGCGUUGCUGCUGCGCGAGGACGCAUGCGCACAGACCUGUCAAAACACACCCUUAAUUCCACCGACCUGAACGGAGUGCGAAGGCCGAGAGCGAGACUCGGGUGUAACGAUGGAUUUGCGUCACAUCUUAUUGAAUGCCAUGAAUUAAGUAGCAAUGACGGUCAUUGUGUGCAGUGACGGUCAGGAGCCGGAUUAUGUCAGAAAAUACCAAAAAAAAAAACAAACAUCUGUAACAAACUGAUUCCGUGCAUUCACAACAGUAAGUUGCCUUUUGAGUUGCUCACUGGUUUAUUUCAAAGCAAACAAGAAUGAAGCAAUAUUUUUAUUGUAUGUGCUGUCGCUGUAUUAUAUGUAAAAACCUCGACUGAUGUUUUUAAUAUGUCUGGGACAUGAUACUGAAUAUAAUAUGUACACAUAUCCAUGACAAAUGAGUGUAUAUAUGGACUCGUUUUAUGCACAUAUGGCACAAUAUUAAAGAAUAUUACAACGUCAA